AGUUUCCCUUCUCUAAGGUUGUUCUUUAUUCUAUGGUGGGUUUGCCGUGCGGCCAGUGGUGCAGCGAUCAAAUGUGCAUAGAUUUUUCUUACAUUACACUUUGAUGGAUGUGACAGUUCCUGUUUGAAGGCAGUGAUGAAUAGGUUUGUGUGGUCCAAUGAGAAUCUACAAAGUGGCGAAGUGAUCCUUCGGCAACAGCCGGGUGUAGCACUGUACGACGGUGAGAGAAAGACACCUUUCGUUGGUGGCGAGUUGGUGCUGACUUCGCAUCAAGUCUACUGGACAGGACCUGAGGUAGCUGUCGCCGUGAUCAUCUAAGCAGGGUCACUUUGCUUUCAUUUGUUCUUUUUUAUGCAGAAACAGCGGAUAAGCUUGCAUCUGAGCCUUAUCGUACUUAUCGAAGAACAGAGUGGGAGUUGGAGUAAAAGCGCCAAGGUAGUGGCCCACGUCUCGCCACCGACUGACGAGAAACAUGCUGGCGUCGUGCAGAGCAGCCCAUUCGACUAUGUGCGGUUCUCCUUUCGAAGUGGAGGCUCGUCAGAGUUUUACCAGGAAAUGCAAGCAGCGCUCCAAAGAAAAGAUUGGCUGAAGAUGCCGACAGUGGAUUCACGAGGCAAAAAGAUUCGCACUGGCAUUGUUGGCAUUGAACGUCAGAUCCAGGCCAAGCAUGAUGAAGCAGACAAGAAUAUAUCUGCAGCCUUCGAAGACCUUAGCAAAUUGAUGGAAAUGGCGAAGGACAUGGUGGCACUGUCCAAAAGUAUCACACAGAAGUUAAAAGAGAAAGGAAGUAGCUUGACUGAUGAUGAAACGAUCAUGUUCAAGUCUCAUUUGCUGUCUCUUGGAAUCAGCGAUCCAGUCACAAAAAGUGCCUAUGGAUCUGGAAUUAACUACUACCAAGAGCUUGCCAAGCAGCUCGCUGAAGUUCUGGAGGGACCUGUCCAGGAAAGUGGAGGAAUUCUUUCCCUAACAGAUGUCUACUGUAGGAUAAACAGAGCAAGGGGUCUUGAGCUUUUAUCACCAGAGGACCUCCUGAAUGCAUGCAAGGUAAUGGAGUCGCUACAGCUACCGUUGAGGUUGCAUGUGUUUGGAAGUGGAGUCACAGUGCUGAAACUGGCAACGCAAAAUGACGAAAAAACGAGUGCAGAGGCACGACAGUUGAUUGAUGAGCAUGGUUCAUUGUCAGCUGAACAACUCUCACCGCUCAUUCACAUUUCAGUCAUAUUGGCCAAAGAAAGGUUGAUUUGUGCUGAGCAGAGGGGCUUGGUAUGCCGGGAUGACUCUGUUGAAGGCCUCAGGUUUUACCCAAACUUGUUCCUGGAGAAGGUGGAUUAAGUGGUUGCCUGUUCUUUGUGUACUUGGGUGAAUGUAAAGAUGUGUGCAAAGCCGAUAAAGUAUUUCUGUUGACAGUGCA